GCGUGGUAGUAUGCUAGAGGGGGCGUGGUAGUAUGCUAGAGGGGUGUGGCCGUAGUGGAGGGGCGUGGUCGUGCGCUCGGUCACGUGGUUCUCGUUCUGGAAACCUCGCCUCGCGCAUCAUGGACGGAACCGGAGACCGAGCGACACACGCCGCCUCUGCGAAAUGGUACGACAGGAAGGAGUACGUGUUCCUUGAUUUUUGCAUAGAGGACAGCAAGGACGUGGCCGUAAAAUUUGAAAGCGGAAAGCUCUUGUUCAGCUGCGUGGGAGGAAGCGAUAAAGAAAAAUACCACAAUGAAGCUGAGCUCUUUGAACAAAUCAUUCCAGAAGAUUGCAAACACAAGCGUACAGACAGAACGAUACAUUGCUUAAUGAAGAAAUCCAAGUCUGGAGUGGCUUGGCCUCGGCUCACCAAAGAAAAGAGCAAGCUGAAGUGGCUGUCUGUCGACUUCGACAACUGGAAAGAUUGGGAGGAUGAGUCCGAUGAAGAAAUGGGAAAUUUUGACCAAUUCUCUGAUAUGAUGAACAAGAUGGGAGGUGAUGAUGAAAUGCCUGACAUGGAUAGUAUGGAAGAUGACGAUGGAGGUACAGACAGUGAUGAUGAAAAACUUCCCGACUUGGAGUGAAGUGGACAUGUGGCAGCUUUAUAGGAACCAUCCCAUUUACUGGCUGGUUUAGUUUGUUUUCAUGGUUUAAUUCACAGGGAUUAAGUUUUUAUCAUCUAUGCUUAAAUGUAUCUUACACAUCAACAUUGCAGCAGUUUGUGUAUUAAAAUGACUAUACAUCCUAAGACGGUAGUAUGGGAGGUAGCCAUAAACAUUUUCCAAUGAAUAAAAAUUCUGGACAUUGAUCAAUAUCCACGUACAAAUGUGCUGCUUUAUUUUCCAUUUUAAAACGUUUAAUAAAGACCUUUGUAACUAAUAUUUGAACUUUAGUUUGUGAAUUCCCAAAUUGGUAAAACGUGCAAAAAGUCAAAACUUCACUUGUCAACUAACGUGUAGGAGAACUCAGUGCAUUUCUCAGGCCAUAUAAAGCCAUGAAAAAAACAAUCAUUGUCCUUGAAAUUAUUUCUUACGUCUGGAGUAGAUUUUGUUUUUUUGUUCAUGUUAGGUGACAUUAACUAUUUACCAGCAGUAAAACUUCCACUUGCACUAUGAGUGACAUCAGUUACCUGCAAUUUUGUGGUGAUAAUUAUUGUAAUGUUUCAACCAAUUUAAAUGAUCAAUCUGGAUUAAUUUGACUCGUCCACGAUUUCUGAGCAAAAUUACACUUUUGCUGACCAACAUCGUGACAUAACUCAAAUGUGUAUGCUUAAUAAAGUAUUGGCCAAAUGUCCAUCACAGAAUCCUUAACUACCUUUUUGAACCAUCUGAAUAAAGAAUUCCAGAAUUGA